AUGUCUUGGCAAACCGGGUUAAUCAAAACAAUAUUAGAUCCGAAAAAUUUGAUAAUAUCAACAGAUGCGGCUGUUGUUAUUGCCGACAAAUAUCCAAAGGCGCGUCACCAUUACCUAGUGCUGCCCAAAGAGGAUAUUACAAGCAUUUUUCAGCUUCAUAAAAAGCAUUUGCCGCUGCUGGAGGAACUUCAUCUAUUGGCCCACAAUAUAAUUGAAGUGCGGGGUGAAAAAUUGGCUGAUUUUAAAAUCGGGUUUCAUGCCGAGCCGAGCAUGCAACGAUUGCAUUUGCAUGUAAUUUCUAAAGAUUUUGUGUCGAGCUGCUUAAAGACAAAGAAACACUGGAAUAGCUUCAAUACGCAGCUCUUUUUGUCAUACGAAACAAUUUACGACAAACUAAACUCCAUCGGUUCCAUAGAACGUUUGCCCAAAGAUACAUUAAAAGAGCUGCAUGCCACGCCCCUGACGUGCAACCAGUGUGAAUUUGUUGCGAACAAUAUACCAACACUCAAACAACAUUUAGAAGAGCAUUACGAACUGCUCCAUGCCAAACAUAUCGAUAUAGCGAUAUAUCGAUAUUGGACCUACAACGCUAGUAAAAGCCGGCUGCGCAUUCAAACACUUUCGAUCACAAACAUUUCCAGUUUCGAUUACAAUCGUGUUAUCGCAUCAGCUGCUUGUAAACUUUAUCUGAUUUUUGGGGACUUACCGGAUUAUCUUCUAUUUGCAAUGGAACGAGAAUUGGCCCGAAGUAGUUUGACUCGUGAACUUGAUAAGAAACAUGAUUUUUUAAUUGAAACCGACCAGGCAGCGGUAAUAAAAGAUUCUUACCCGAAGGCGCAAUACCAUUUUCUUGUUGUGGCCAAGGAAAAUAUUGACAAAGUGACCGCGUUGACGCGGGAGCAUCUGCCACUCUUGGAUCACAUGAUGGAGCUGGCGAAUCAAAUCAUUGAGAAGCAACAGCAUUUGCCUGCCAACCACUUUCUUGUUGGCUUUAAAAUUGAUGCUUUCAUGAAUCGUCUUAGCAUGCAUGUCAUAUCGAAUGAUUUCUAUUCGGUGUCAAUGCGACGGAAAAGGCAUUGGAACAGCUUUAACACCGAUUUGUUUCUUACCUAUCAAGCUGUAUACGCCUUGCUACGCGUUCAGGGAUCGGUUGAGCCAAUGUCUGUGGAAAAGGCGGAGGAGUUGCGGAACAUCGAACAACUGCACUGCAAUCAAUGUGAAUUCGAAAGCAACAGUUUAGUUGCUUUAAAGGGUCACUUGUUCGAGCAUUGGAAAAAGCGAGAAAAUGACAUUGAACUUAAAAAGCAGGUUGAAAAAAUCUCUAAGAUGUUGGACGAAUCAAAAUUGGAUGUGGCACCAAGCAAAGUUGAAGGUGAAAUUAAAAGAUCCGAAAACGAGGAUCAAUCAAAGCCAAAACCGCUGUCAACAAACUGGCGUCAAAAUCCCGAUCAGAAGCAAAAUAAUGUCAAAAAUGCUCCAAAGGAGCAGCCAAUAAGCUGGCGUCAAAACAUGAAUCAGCCGCCGACUGGUCAGCAACCAACGGCUUCAAAUCAAAACCCAUUCGCGAAACACUUUCAGAAGUCCGUUGAUAGACAAAAUCAGCGACAGCAGAUUGUUAGCGAAAUGCAGGGACAGGGUCUAAUAGGACCAUAUCCACCUUAUGCUGCAAACCAAUUAAUGUUUCAGCCAAAUCAUGCACAACAACAUCAAGCUUUUUACAAUUUUCAACUAUUACCAAAUGUCACAAAUCAAUGUCCUCCAUUUAUGGCACAACACCGCCCAAGGAUUCCCAAUAACAAUAUUAAUCAGGUGCCUCAGUCAAGUGAUUCUCCGCCAAGAUUCAAUCCGUUCCGACAGCCUCCAAAUAUGCGACAAGUCGCUCCCAACCAAUAUAAUGGUGCAAACACUAUUCAGCAACGCAUUAAUCCUGUAAACGAUGCUAUCCAAACCAAACCCAAUUGGAAACCUAAGCCUCAAUGUAACCAGGGCCAAAACAAGCCAAAUUAUAACAAAAAUAACUCCACUCCAGUGAAAACUCAACCCAAUGAAUCUUUGGAAAACAAACCCAAUUGGAAACCUAAUUCAAAACCUAACCAGGGCCAAAACCAGAGCAAUAAUAACAGAAAUAACUCCAAUCUAAUGAAAACGCAACCUAAUGAAGCCAAGGAAAGCAAACCCAAGGUUCAACAUAACCAAGGACAAAACAGGAAUGUGAAUAAUCAACCGAGUUAAUCCGCUCGAAACAAACCAAAAUAGAAACCCAAACCUUCAUCUCAUAAUGUGGGUCCAUCCUGAUCAAAUUUAAACUAUCCAAAAUUGGUAUAAAUAAAAAUAAAUACAUUUAUUAAUAUUUUUAAUAAAUAUUAUAUACUGAAGAGUAUUAAGAAAACUACAAUAAAAUAAAUGUGAUGUUAAACAAAUGAAAUACUAAGCAUGCGAAUGCCACGUCAGGCGUUUUCGGUUGGACGAAGAAUGCUGAUAACGAAUUUCACAACAUCAGCUCUUUUAAAGGGAAUAUUAGACUUGUUUCAUGCUCGGGAAGCUUUUAAGGUUUCAUUUUCCACUUUGUGAUGCCACUAACAUAAAGUUUGUGACGUAGGAAUCGAUUAUUUGUAAAUUACAAAUUUGGUGUAAUCAAAAUCCUAUGAAUAAAAUUAAAUAUAUUUGAAACAUAAAA